UAUAGUUAAUUGAUUACACAUGAACAGAUAACUUUUCAAACUUUUGUCUAAUAUUUCUGCACUAUCUUUAUAGUGUGGCCUAACUUUCCGCCAGAUACUUCCUUAGGGGCUAAACAUCAAACACAUAAAAAGUUUUUAUAAGAUAAAACAAGCAGCAUUGUAACAUUUUCACAGCAUAGGCUCCAAUUCCAUUGGUUCUUUUGAUCUUAAUAUCUACCAUUCACUACUUUGACUAGUCUAACCAAUCAAAAGUGCUUAUAAACAAGUAAAGAAACACAAUCACUUUGCAGGGCAGGGCAGGGCAGUGCCACUUCUGUUUAGGACUUUCUCAAACAGUGCUGCAAUUUCAAAAGCAAAACCAUUCAAACAUCUAAGUUACACACCUUUAGCUCCACCUACAACCCUCUUUUGCAAAUACCAAUGACAAACAAAUUGGUCCCACUAUCCCUCUCAAUCAAAAGCUUCUUUUCCUUUACUUGCUUUAAUCAAUUUCUUCAUUUAUUUAAAGCAACAAUUAUCUUCCUCUUCCCCCUUCAUUACUUGGUUCAGCUGUUUUUGCUCCUGGUUAUUCAUUCUCCAGAUAUGUCACCUCUCCCACCUCCAUCUCCAAUUCCACCUUCACCUCUACCUCAACCCCCAGCGCAGAGGCAUAUCCGACACCCACCCCAAGCCCCACGGCAAACCACACCAGUCUCUCUCAACCAAAUUAUCAUAUCAAAGCUUGCUACAAAUCGAGAAGUUCCAGCACCUGAUGCAAUAGAUCAGGUCUCCAGUAAAUCAACAAAGCAACCAAUACUCCGGCAACCUCAACCGACCAACCCGCUUAUAUGGUGUUGUGCAAUUGUGUGUCUCAUAUUCAGCCUUAUUCUUAUCAUCUUUGGAAUUGCAACUUUGAUCAUCUUCCUAGUUGUUAAACCAAGAACUCCAUUGUUUGACAUCCCCAAUGCAAGCCUCAACACCAUCUACUUUGACUCACCAGAGUAUUUCAAUGGUGACUUCACUUUCCUGGCAAAUUUCUCCAACCCAAAUCGGAAAAUCGAUAUAAGAUUUGAGUAUCUGGAUCUGGAGCUUUACUUUUCUGACAGGCUCAUAGCAACUCAAUCUCUUGGACCUUUCACUCAAAGACCUGGAGAAGGAAGGUUGGGAUCAGUUCGCUUAAUAUCAAGCUUGGUUUACUUGCCUGAGAAUCACGCUGUGGCUCUUCGAACACAGGUGCAGAACAAUAGGGUCAACUAUAAUAUAAGAGGAACAUUUAAAGUGAGAGCCACUCUAGGAAUGAUCCAUUUUUCUUACUGGUUGCAUAGCAGAUGCCAAUUACAGAUGACAGGGCCACCAACUGGUGUUUUAGUUGCGCGGAGUUGCAAAACUAAAAGAUGAAGAUGAGGAGCAUUAUUCCUUGUACCUUCUUUCUAUCUUCUUAUUGUAUCUACAUGGAAACCUAAAUGCAAUUUUUGGUGUAUAAAAGUCA